AUGACUUAUGUGGAUUUGAAACUUGGACUCCUCUUCCUUUUGCAGAUUGUCAUUGGAAUCCUGGGGAAUUUAGCACUCUGGUGUCAUUACUGCAGCCUUUAUUUCAGUGGAUGCAGGUCUAGGUCGACAGAUGUGAUCCUCAGGCACCUGACUGUGGCCAACUCCACUGUCAUUGUCUCCAGAGGAAUCCCAGAGGCCAUGGCAGGUUUUGGGUUGAAACAUUUCCUCAACGCUGUUGGAUGCAAACUCAUUUUCUAUGCUCACAGGGUGGGCCGGGGUGUUUCUGUGGGCAGCACCUGCCUGCUGAGCGUCUUCCAGGCCAUCAGCAUCAGCCCCAGGAGCUCCUGGUGGGCAGAGCUGAAAAUCAAAGUCCAGAAGUACAUUGGCUUGUCUAAUAGCCUCUGCUGGGUCCUGAACAUGCUGCUGAAUGUCAGAGUGGCAGUGCUUGUGACUGACAAGUGGAGCAACAGAAACAUCACAAAGACACUAUCUUAUCAACACUGCUCAGCUGUGCUUCCCAGGAAAGACACACGUUCAGCUUUUGGCACAUUUCGCUUCUUUUAUGACAUUGUGUGUCUGUCACUCAUGGUCUGGGCCAGUGCCUCCAUGGUUUUCAUUUUGUACAGACAUGAGCAGCAGGUCCUCCAUAUCCACAGACAUGGUGUCUUAGCAAGACCUUCUCCUGGGACCAGGGCCUCGCAAAGCAUCCUUGUGCUGGUGAGUGCCUUCAUGCUCUUUUACACUCUGUCUUCUGUGAUUCACAUUUUGCUUUCUCUUUAUUAUGAAGGUUCUUGGUGGCUGAUCAAUACUUCUGCCUUCACGAAUGCUUGCUUCGCCACUGCCAGCCCCUUCAUUCUCAUGGGUCGGGAAGGUGGUGUACUUAUGCUGAUUUGGAAGAAAUGA